UCUUCAUUUUUUUUUUUUGUUUUCCUUGACAGAAUGGCGGCGGGCGAUGCGACGUCCGAUGCGCUGUCCGCUCCUUCCCAUCAUGCAGCAGCAGCCGCGGAGCCGGUCGCUGGGCCUGGCAUUGACACGGUGGACAUUUUCGCUCUGACUGUGAUCAUCCUGCUCAUCGGCCUGUUCUACAUCCGCCGCUCCAGGAACAGCACCGCCAGCACCACCCCGAACGGCACCAACACAAAGCCCAGCAUUGGCAACGGCAGCAGCAGCAGCGGCAGCGGCAGCAACGGAGCCGCGUCAUCAUCGGCUGCCAAGCCCAAGGUCGACAAGACUCUGAUUGGUCGCAUGAAACGCGCGAAUGCCAACAUGGUUGUGCUCUACGGCUCCCAGACUGGCACCGCCGAGGAUUACGCCGGUCGUCUCGCCCAGGAGGCCCGUGUGUACGGCUUUAGCGCCAUUUCCCUCGAUCUCGAAGAUAUCGAUGUGAACGACAUCGAGCGCCUCGGCGAAAUCCCCGAGUCCGUAGCCGUGUUCUGCAUGGCAACGUAUGGUGAAGGUGAUCCAACGGACAAUGCCCAAGCUUUCUACGACUACCUGAAGGAUGAGUCGCCCGAGCUCUCGGCUCUGCGCUACAUUGUCUUUGGUCUCGGAAACAAGACCUACGAGCAUUACAACGCGAUCGGCCGAUUUGUGGACGAGAAGUUGGCCGAAUUUGGCGCCUCGCGCUUGUUUGAGCACGGCGAGGGCGACGACGAUGGCAACUUGGAGGAAGACUUUAUUGCUUGGAAGGCCAAGAUGUGGCCGGCGCUGUGCAAAAAGUUCAACAAGCCCGUCCCUGAAAACGUCAACCUGGCUCCCAUUCGCCAGUACAAGGUCAAGAUUCACGAGACCUUUGCGCCCGAAAAGGUCUUUACUGGUGAGAUGCAAAAGCUCAAGGCCUACGAAAACCAACGCCCCCCGUUCGACUCGAAAAACCCCUUCCUCGCCCCCGUCCGCGUGCACCGCGAGCUUCACACUGGCGGAGACCGCUCGUGCAUGCACAUUGAGCUUGACAUUGCCGGCUCUGGCAUCAAGUACGAGGCUGGAGACCACGUUGGCGUUUUUGCGACCAACGACCCCGCUCUCGUCGAGGAGCUCGGCAAGCUGGUUGGCAACGUUGAUCUUGACAGUCUCUUCUCCCUGGAGGCCGUGGACGCCCGCUCGAGCAAGAAGAGCCCCUUCCCGUGCCCCUGCACAUUCCGCACCGCCCUUCUUCACUACGUCGACAUUUUGAGCCAGCCCCGCGCGCAUCUCCUGCGCGAGCUGGCCGAGUUCGCGUCCGAUCCCAAGGAGAAGGAGUUUUUGGAAAAGCUGACCACGGAAGAGGGCAAGAAGGAUUUCCAGGACUGGAUUCAGCACGACCAGCGCACAAUCCUUGACAUCCUGCGUGACUUGCCCUCCGUCAAGCCACCCAUGGAUUUGCUGCUCGAGUUCCUUCCUCGUCUUCAGUGCCGCUACUAUUCCAUUUCGUCAUCCCCGAAGGCACACCCGAACUCGGUCCACAUCACUGCAGUGCUCGUCAAGUACACCACCAAGCUUGAGCGUGACCGUGCUGGCAUUGCCACUUCUUGGCUGAAGCUGAAGAAAUCCGAAGCUACUCCCGACCGUGUUCCUAUCUUUAUUCGUCGCUCCACCUUCAAGCUGCCCAAGCAACACACUGCACCCAUCAUCAUGGUAGGCCCAGGCACCGGUCUCGCGCCGUUCCGUGGCUUUUUGCACGAUCGCCGCGUUGAGCGAAGCAAGCCCACAAACGCCUCGGUUGCCUUUGGCGAGACUGUGCUCUUUUUUGGAUGUCGCUCGCGUCAUCACGACUACAUUUACGAGACCGAGUUGAAAGAGAUGGUGGCGGAUUCCACGCUGUCUGAGAUGCACGUCGCUUUCUCGCGCGAUCAGAACGCCAAAGAGUACGUGACGCACCACAUGACGGCCAACAAGAAGCGAGUGUGGGACUUGGUUGCCAAGGGCGCCCACAUUUACGUGUGCGGCGAUGCGCGCAACAUGGCGCGCAACGUUCACCAAAUUUUGCUCGAAGCCGUGAUGGAGGGCAAGAGCUGCGAUGCCACCGAGGCCGCCAACUUUAUCAAGAAGCUCCAAGCCGAGGGCCGUUAUUCACAGGAUGUGUGGACGUAAUGAUGGGUGUCUUUGGCUUUUUGUGGUGUUUCUGUCGUUUUUUUUCUUUUCUUUUUCUUUUCAUGUUUCUGUCCUCGUUUUCCUCCUCUCAUUUCUUGAACAAUAUAGACAAAAUGUAUCGAACACUCAUUCAUCC